UGUAUAAUUAUACAAGCAUAUUUUUGAUUCAUGAAUUGUGGAUGCAGCACGGACACACAGAAUGCGAUUUUAUCAGCAGUGUCGGAAAAUGAAAUGUAGCUAAGCAAUUCCAAAUUAAAAAAUUGACAUAUUGGCGGUAGUGUGCAGGAGGCUUUGAUGGUUUCUCCUGGUUUCACAAAAAAAGCUGGGAUAAGCUAUUCUCAAAUUUCUCUCUGUUGCUCUCUGUUUAUAAUUGGAAUUGGUUAUAUAGUUCACGCACUUAAUAAUGAACCAGGUGCACAUUAAUCAGGAAAGAGAAAGAGAAAAGCUGAGAAGUAUAUGAGAUGCUUGAAAGUAACAAAGUCUGUAUGUAUAUUUUUUUCUCUUCGUAUGAAGAUAAAAGAAAUACACGAAAGGGAAUUACGAUAUCAAUUAUUUGUUGCAAAAGAACAAUGCUUUCCAUUUUGAUGUUGCAAUUCAGCAUUCUAUAUAUUUUCUAUAUGUGAAGGAGUAUAUUUUGUAUUUUCUACAAAUUUUCUACAAACGUCAGUCUCAGAUUUUUUAUUAUCUUCACACACAUACAUUUUGCCUGAGGAUGAAAAGCACAGAAUAUUUUCAAUGAAUGAAACUUCAUAAGAGCUCGAAAGACAUCGGGAAAUAUGAUUGAUUAUUCAAUAUGAUUGGUUUAUACAUUUAAAUCCAUAAGGAACUAAGAGCAAAAAUCAAUCAUAUCAGAUUUUUACAUAAUUGCAAAGCUGCUUUCUCUGUUGAACGCAAUCAUUUUACAAGGUUUCACUUGUUUACAAAGUAGCGUUUCCUAAUACAAAUGGACGAGAAGCAAACAGAAAAUCCAAACUCUAUGGAAUGUCUAGACAAUACUAAUGUACCUGUGAUAACAGCUAAUUUAGAGAUGCUUACCAUAGAUACAAAUCUUCCACCUACAGAGAAUAAGAGAGUUUUUCGGAAAAGGAUACCCAAGCCUGUUUCUACAGAAAUCCUUAAUCGAAGAUGUAGUCUGAGACCAAGAAAGAGAAUGAUCUCUGAAGUGGAGGCAGAAGAUGAAACCAUCAAGGAAUAUUAUUUAGAUAAAAAGAUAAGUAGGAAAUCAAAUAAUUUAGAAACAAUAUAUGAAGAGAACGACAAUAUAAAUGAUGACACUGCAAUACGUAUGGGUGCAAAGAAAUUUAAGAGGAUGCUUCUGUUCUCCCCAUCAUCAGCUUCCAAACUGAAAAAAAGACGUGCAAAAAUACAAAAAGUUUUUGGAUCUAAAAUUAAGUACAAGAGAUGUGGUUCAAUGCAGGCUCUUGUAGAUAAAUUAAAUACUAUCAGAGAGAGUUCACCAAUAAAAAUCAAUAGUGAACUCAAAUGAUACCAGAUUCUUCUGUAACAUGUCAACAAUGUCAUUUUUUCAAGAAGAUUUUUGAAGAAUAACAUACUAUCUAUUUUAGGAUUUUAUGUGAACUGUCUGCUUCUAUACUUCUUACUCAUGAAAAUAUAAAAAGAUUACAUUAAAGAAUAAGAAUCAGAAUCGUUUUAUAACAUUUAAGAUAGAAAUAAUAUUUAGAUGGAGAAAUCUGCAUUUAUUAAGGAUAUUUAUACUCUUGUGUAGUUGCACAUAUAUUUAGCUUGAUUUUUACAUGAUAAACUUAUAUAUUUGUGAAGUGCAAGGGUAUAAAGAAUAAUGUGUGAUAAUUGUAUUUCUAUUUGUGUACUCGACAUUUAUCUCACUUAUCUAACAACAUAUAGAUUGUAUUACAAAGAGCAAUAAUGUAUUAUGUCCUUUUAAAGUUUCUAUUUUUUCACUGCAGCUAUACUGAAUUAAGACAUGCAUAAAAAAUAUAUUUUGAUACUAUUUAAGAAAAAAAAAUAUAAUUUUUUGCUUCUAACAUAAUUCAGCAUAACAAUAGAGAGCCUGCAACUGAUUGUUCGUAUUACAUAUUGCAUUGGUAGAUAAGUGGAAUUCACAAUUUAUAUAUGUAUUAUUAAUUAAUGAUGGAAACAUUGGAAAUAUAUCUUUAAUUUUUCUGAAUUUAUAUAAUGUGUAUUAAAAGAAGUUAUAUUGUUUAUAACUUGUUAUAAAGAUGAAAGUAAGAAGACUGAUAAUUUUUGUGAAGAUUUAAGUACAAAACUUUAUUUUUUCAGAACAGAAUAAAACCUUUUCUUCUUUUUUAA